AUGCUGCCACCGCCGGCGCCUGAGGAUGCCCGUGGUGGUGAGGCGGCUGCUUUGCCAUCCCCGUCAGCUGCAGGACCAGCAGCCAUUGCCGGCCCACGGUUUCCGUGCACGGUAAGACAGCAGGAGGGGGGCGCCUCUGCUACUGUGCAGCUGCCACCGCCGGCGCCUGAGGAUGCCCGUGGUGGUAAGGCGGCUGCUUUGCCAUCCCCGUCAGCUGCAGGACCAGCAGCCAUUGCCGGCCCACGGUUUCCGUGCACGGUAAGACAGCAGGAGGAGGACACCCGUGGCGGACGAGCUGCCAUGCCCAGCCCACGGUUUCCGUGCACGGUAAGACAGCAGGAGGGGGGCGCAUCUGCUACUGUGCAGCUGCCACCGCCGGCGCCUGAGGAUGCCCGUGGCGGUGAGGCGGCUGCUCAAGCAGCAGACGAGAGGAGGAGACUGCUGCCCAAUGAUGAAGCACACCUUGAGCGAGAGAUCCGCCGCAUGGCUGGUGCGGUGGUGUCCUAUUGGGAGUCUCGCCAUCGGCGAAGGCCCACCAGGAACCGGGCCAUCCAGUCAUCAUCAGACUCGGACGUGGAAUCUGAGCCGGAACCAGAGGACAGCCAUGUACUCGAAACAGACCUUUUCAUGCACACGAUAGACAUGGUCCCGGUGAUGCUUGACAAGGAGGGGUUUGCGGUAGUAGACGAUCCCCACCUCGCCUCUCUGAUCACUCCCGAUGUUCCCACAAGCGCCACUGAGCUCGUGUCAGGCGAUAAGGCAGCAGCAAUAUUUCAGCGUGGGGACCUUCCCGCGCGGCAGGGAGGGCUACCACGGCUUACCCAUGAGGGCAGGCUCCGACUCAGCAAUGGAACCGGGAGGCGUAUGAUGGUCAAGCUGGACAAGGUGCAGCCGGGGCCUAGCCUGUCGAACAUAGCAUCCUACGUGGAGGGUGUUAUCCAAGACAUAGUGGAGCGGAUCCCUGGCUUGCACCUGGUCAAGCACUGGCGUUUGCUGCUCGGGCAGAGCCUGCUGCUGCAGCUGCUGCUGCAGCAGCAGAUGAUGCCGAAGCAGGUGAUGCAAGCAGAGCCGACAGAAACAGUGCGGCAGGUGUUGGCAGUCGUUGUCGAUCCUGUGAGGUUCGGGCCGGUGCUGCCGCUUGGCGCCCUUGAUAUAAAGAAGCAACCCGUGGAGGAUGACUGGUUGGUGUACACUCUGACUUUGGUCAUGUUGGGCUUCCUGGUGCUGGUCGCUUUUGGGACAGUGACAACGAAUAAUCUCGGUGCCACCCGCACCAGCGACUUGGUGUAUUGUCUUUGCCCCCAAUGCGCGGCAAAUGUCCAACAGACAUCGGAUACAUCUGCCGGCUUGGUGACUGCUGAUGCAUCCCGACGCCACCGGCGCCACUGGGGGGGGGGCGGUGUGCGCUCCCUGCCUGCCUCAGCGGACCCUGCAUAUGUAGCGGCAUCAUACACUCGGGCCAUUGGACAACCUGACAGACUCCUGGAUCCGACCGCAGCCCCGCCGAUCACAAUGCAGCAACCUCCAACUCUGCCGCAUGCUGUGGUACUCAUCACACCAGAUACAGCUGGGGGGACCGACGAAGAUGACUGGGACGAACCCCCUGACGACAUGGACACGGUGCAUGACCACCUAGUGCUUAAUGCAACUGAAAAUACAGACAUGGAAGCUGCUUCACCCACGUCCCCUAGCCAGGGACAUGACCACCAUGAGCCUGCAGUAUGCGUGGAUUAUGAGGCAUACGUGCCGGGGCGUGGUGAUGGGGGGACACUCACCUGCUCUUAUACAGAGUGGAGGAUUCCUAAUGUGGACUGGACCAAAAAGAGCAAACUUUAUACCAACCUCUCUGCCGACUUGCUCGAUAUGCUUGCAAUCAAGUCCAAAAACAAGCUUACGCAGGCUGCAUGGAACACGAAAAAAUUCAUCUACAGAAGUGUCACGGACUACAUUCGGAGGCUUUUUGCUUCGAAGCACUACUCCAAGGAAAUCAGGCAUCAUGCGAAAUCUGCUGCCGAACAUGGGUUGCCAGACGGGUUCAUCUGUGACAUCACAGAUGGCAAGGCUUACAUCGUCAUGAAGGAAUCUGAACAAGGCGGACAGCCUCCCCUGCGUGACACGGACAUCCUCCUCGGUGUCUUCACUGAUGGUGUCCAGGCAUACAAGGACGACGCUAGUUACAGUCUGUACCCCGUCGCCAUCACAGCAUACAAUUUCAGCCCAGACAUAAGGUACACCCACGGCGCGACAACGGUCCUUGGCAUCCUGCCAGGUUCCCGAAAGAAGGAUGAGGGGGAGAGGCCGCGUGUUGGGUGCGUGUUGAAGCUCCUGUCCAGGGAGCUGGAAAGCCUGGCGGAGCGCGGGGUGGAUACUUUCGAUGCACACACGGAGUCCUACAUCAAUGUCAGGGUUAGACUUCUCACGGCCGGUGGGGAUUACCGGGCCAUCGAGGACAUGCUGCGAAUGUCAGGGGCACCACGAGUAAAACAUGGCUGCUAUAAGUGCUGGACAGCUGGCAGCAAGGGCGUCCACAAGUACAACUAUCCCGGAGCAUGGACGUGGCUGGACGGUGACGACCCGAUUAGGCGGCCUGCCAGUGUGCUGAACCCCAUCACAGAUGCCACAGGACAGUCUAUCACAAGGACAGCCAAUGAGCCUCGGCCAGCAGUACGGACAAAGGUGGAGCUCGUGGCCAUGACCCCGGUGCCCACCCAUGGUGGCGAGGUGGAACCUGCACCAGCGCUGCACCACCUUGCCCUGUUGGACCUCGACCACUUCAACACGGACCUGGGCCUCCACUACGACCCCAUGCAUACGCUAGCCAACAGCACGCGUGAUCUUUUCAAGCUUGCCACGGGCGGCGCCCGGGUGACUGAUGCCGUCCGCCAGCAUGAGCUCAACGUCAACAGACGGACGUGGGAGGGGACGCCAUGGUUGACACCCAGCGUUGAUCGGAUGGCCUCAGCUGUGGGAUCGGUGGCAGCAGUCAUCCCCUCAAGGGACGGUGGUGGAUCACGCCUGCGCAGCCUCUUCAAGCCCGGAAAGAGUGUGAAGAUGCACACAUGGUGCUUUCUUGCUAGCCCAUAUGGAGCCUACAUCUUUGGCCACGCCACUGGAAUCGGUUCUCCUCAGCUUGAGGUGAUGCUGCAGCUGCUCUGCAGCGUGUCCUUCCUGAUGGACAAGGCCGUGCCGCGGGAGGACUGCUUGCCAAUCCUACAUGGCGUCGCUCGUGCCGUGACACUGAUGGAGAUUCACCUGCCUUCCUGCGAGCUAGACAUGAAGUUGCAUCAGCUGCUGCACCUCGCGGAGCGAAUUGAACACCUUGGGCCAAGUUUCACAACCGCGAUGUGGGGCUACGAAUCACUGUGGAACCAUUUGGUGAAGCUGAUGAAGAACAAGCAGUACCCCGAGGCUACCUGUAUGCGCAGCUGGAUACAUAAGGAGUCGGUGAUUCUAGCUGCUGAGAGGUUACCCGAGGGCCUCUGCACUUUUGAACCCCCACAGGACGCCGUGUCCGCUGGAAAGUUGACCCAUCAGCAGAAGGCGUAUUGGACGGUCACUAAUUCCACCGGCCCCAGCGUUGACACUUUCUCCGGAAACGCUGCAAUAGGAUUUAAGCAGGCACGGCGCGAGAACCUUCCGGAAGGCUUCCUCCUGGAGAUGCAUGAGACUUACCUGCGCCACAGCACCGACUACUCUGAUUUAUUUGGUGUCUUCACCGCCUGGCUGUGGGAGCAGUGGACUGAUGACACGACCCCGGGGCCAUUCCUGUCCGACUAUCUUUCACACAUGAGGCUAAGGACCCACUCAAGAAGGACGCUGUUGCACCGGGACAGCCAUGGCUCUGUGUCCAUGCGGAACAAGGUGCUUGCCAAGUGCUGCCUCAGUGAGCUGUGGUGCCAAGAUGUGUGGGUGCAGCCGGGUUUGCUGUUGGGGUCAAAGCCGAUCAGUGGUAUACAUCUCACAGGCAGGUUCUUGGAGAAGCUCGUGGCCAUCAAGCUCAACAACAACGUGGAACUCACUGCAUUCGAUAGCAACAAGCCUAAGACAUCACAGGCCUGCUGGUUCAUCACCCGGAGAUGCAACUCCAGCGACAAAAUGUGGGCGGGGAAGGUGCUGGGCUUGUACCGCUAUAGGUCGCCAUUGAACAGGGAUAAGUUUGAUGUGGUGCUGGAGGUCGAAUGGCAUGCUCCCCUGCUGGGGAACAACAGUGAUGCCGAAGUUGCAGUCGACCAGUUCAUGAAUGUCCCCUUGGUGGACGCCAGGGCUGCCAGUGUGUCCAACACAGGCUCUCGUUACUACCUGGCUGAGGAUGUUGCGCCUUGCCGAGUGCACAUCUUGCCACACCCCAGUAAGCGGGGCGCCCUGUGUGUUCUGUCAAGAAGCUACAGCUUCAUGCGGGUGGCUGGCUGGGAGGCCCUGCAGCCGCAGACCCCAUGGGCGAGGUCACGGUAG